AUGUCUUGUAUUAAGUAUUGUUGUGUUAUUAGAUUGUUGAUGAUGAGCUUUUCAAAAGCUCAUCAUUUAUCCGCCAUGAACUCAAUGGAAUCGGGAGAGGAUUUAGGAGAUCGAAUCUCUCGAUUGGCACUCAAGCUCUAUGAUAAGCUGCAGGCUGGCUGCAAGCCAGCAAUUAGAUCAAACGGAGUUCAGGAGUGGACCGUAUUGGCCUGUAUUGUCGCAAUCGACAGAACAAAUGGCCAAAUACAGUUGAUAUCCAUGGCUACAGGCGUAAAAGCUACGCCCGAUCGGGAACUGUCCAGAAGUCAAGGAAGAAUGCUUCAUGAUUGCCAUGCAGAAAUUCUAGCAAUUCGGGGGUUUAACACGGUUCUACUGCAAGAGGUGUGGCAGCUCAAAAAUUCUGACCAGGAACCUGACACUGCUAUUGUAUGCAGAUCUGAAGGUGGCCUGCGGGUGAAGGAAACAUUAGAUUUUGCACUUUACGUUUCUAGAGCUCCUUGUGGCGAUGCAAGUAUGGAUCUGCUCGAGGACGAUGAUUCUGCAGUGUGGAACGAUACAGACCUCAGCCAAUAUGCAGAUCCUAGAGUGAAGACAGUUUUGAGAGGGCGUUCAAAUUACAAGAAAAAGGGCUUUGUGAGGACGAAACCGGGAAGAGUAGAUUCCAAUGUAACGUUUUCGAAGUCGUGUACUGACAAACUCUGCUGCCGCCAAAGUAUGUCUCUACUAAACGCACUAAAUUGGGACUUGCUCGAAAAACCGGUGUUUUUGAAGUAUAUCGUAGUGCCACAGGUGUCUUCAACACUAAGAGACGGUUUCGAGCGUGCUUUCAACACAAGACUAAAACAUUUAGAUGAUUAUCAACCGUUGGAACUUUUAUCAUGCUCAAAGCUUUUUCCGGGGGAUAAAAAAGAUGAGAACCAGGAACCCGCUCUCAUGGGUUUGAUACACCUUAGUGUCAAUUCCAAGCUCCCUCCGCUUCAGCAAUGUAUUGUGAACGGGGUCAAAAUUGGUUCGUUCGUGAGGGCACCAAAGCCGCUGAGAAAAAAGUGCGAGACCUUGAUCAGUCGCGCUCACCAGUGGAGUUUAUUCAAGAUUAUUCGUGGAUUGGACGACAGUACAAGCUACUAUGAUUUUAAGAGCCGGCAGGCAGAGAGAAAUGCUUUGAAACUGAAAGUUCGACUAGCAUUGUCUAAGGACGGAUGGGUUAUUACGGGACAAGAUAACUGCUAG